CUCUCCGUCCUGCGCACGCGCGACCCGGAAGUAGUACUGCGGCCUGGGUAUUAGGUUCUCCCACAAUCCUCUGCGUUCUUCCUUUCCGAACUGGUCCCGGGCAGGAUGGCUCCCGCAAAGAAAGGUGGAGAGAAAAAGAAGGGACGUUCUGCCAUCAACGAGGUGGUGACCAGAGAGUAUACUAUCAACAUUCACAAGAGGAUUCAUGGCGUAGGCUUCAAAAAACGAGCUCCUCGGGCUCUGAAGGAAAUCCGCAAAUUUGCCAUGAAAGAAAUGGGAACUCCAGAUGUACGCAUUGACACCAGACUUAACAAAGCUGUUUGGGCCAAAGGAAUAAGGAAUGUUCCAUACCGUAUCCGAGUGCGUUUGUCCAGGAAACGCAAUGAGGAUGAAGAUUCACCAAACAAGCUGUAUACGUUGGUUACUUACGUGCCUGUCACCACUUUCAAAAGCUUACAGACAGUCAAUGUGGAUGAAAACUAAAUUGAACUUUGUAUAAAUAAAGUUAUAAAAUGUCAGCUGCUA